CCACUAAUCGAUUCCCGUUGGUUGUGGCGUUCGGCACGUCGUUAUUUUCCUUGUGGUUUCGCGCAGCUCCGUUUACAGACUCGUUCUCGCGGCCCGGACUCAAACUCAUCCGCUGAACGGGGGGGAAAGGCGUUCGUUUGUCUGACAGCGCUGCUAGAAAGACGAGUUGAAUGGAUCCGAGGGUCGCUUGGAUUCAGCCGGAACAGAAAGGUCCUGCGAACGCUUUAUGGAUGCGUGUGUGGGAGACGUCUCAGGUGAACCGGACUAGUCAGCACCAGAACCACCAUCACCACAACAACCUCCGUGUCAACUCUCCGGCGUUUGACGUUUAUAAGACUGUCGCGUCCAACGCGAAUAACAGCACUAACAUUAAAAACAGCGGUGCGGCUCACGCGUUGAAUGGAAACACGGGAGACGGCGAAAUGACCCAGAAGACCGGCUCGGCGGCGGAUCCGGCGUCCAGCUGCUCUAAAAUAAGGACUACAAGCCCUAAUAUGAUCGCUGGGAAUAUGAACAAGGGGCAUGCGUUUUUUACUUGCAGCGAGGAGAGCGUGCUGAAUAAUGUCAACCACCAUCAUCAUCACCCUCCUCAUCCUCAUCUACGACAUUUCCAUCAAGAGCAGCAGCAGCAGAGUUGCAUGAAGCGCCACCCGUCCCACCCGGCAGCGGUUCACAGCCACCACCACCACCACCAUCACCCGGGCCGGAGGAAAAGCGACAACAAGGCCAGCACCUACGGGAUAAACUACUUGCUCUCCAACUGGGCUAACGGCAAUUAUGAGAGCUCCGGCACGCCGUGGAAGACGAGGAAAUAUAACCCAGGGGUUGACGGGUUGCAUGAAGAAAUCAUGGACUUCUACAAUUUCAUGUCUCCUCGUCCUCAGGAGACCACGAUGAGACAGGAGGUGGUGGACAGGAUAGAGUCGGUCAUUAAGGAGUUGUGGCCAACCGCUGAUGUCCAGAUUUUUGGCAGCUUUAGCACUGGACUCUUUCUCCCAACCAGUGACAUUGACCUGGUGGUGUUUGGGAAAUGGGAGAAACCUCCCCUGCAGCAGUUGGAGCAGGCGCUCCGAAAACACAAUGUGGCAGAACCUUAUUCCAUCAAAGUUCUGGACAAAGCUACGGUACCAAUCAUCAAACUGACUGAUCAGGAGACCGAGGUGAAAGUGGACAUUAGUUUUAACGUGGAGACGGGCAUCAAAGCUGCUAGCUUCAUCAAAGAAUACAUGAAGAAGUAUACCGUGCUGCCUUAUUUAAUCUUAGUGCUGAAACAGUUCCUGCUGCAGCGAGACCUCAACGAAGUCUUCACGGGGGGAAUCAGCUCCUACAGUCUCAUCCUGAUGGUCAUCAGCUUCUUACAGUUGCACCCAAGAAUUGAUGCUAGGAAUCCCAACAUGAACCUUGGCAUUCUGCUCAUCGAGUUCUUCGAGCUGUAUGGAAGACACUUCAACUACCUGAAGACGGGCAUCAGGAUAAAGAACGGCGGCGCUUACAUGGCUAAAGAGGACAUCAUGAAGGCCAUGAGUAAUGGCUACAGGCCCUCCAUGCUCUGUAUCGAGGACCCUCUUCUUCCAGGUAAUGACGUGGGCAGAAGCUCUUACGGUGCCAUGCAGGUGAAGGAGGCUUUUGACUACGCUUAUAUAAUACUGGGUCACGCCGUGUCACCUCUCGCACGUUCUUACCCCAACAAAGACAGUGACAGCACUUUGGGCCGCAUAAUUAAAGUCACCCAGGAAGUCAUCGACUACAGGGAGUGGAUCAUAAAGAAGUGGGGUGGCAGACACAACGCCCGCAUUGAGAGGAAUCCAGGUCCAUCUCAUAAAGACUCGGUGGAGCAGGUGGAGACAGGCACACUGCUGGGUGUAGGUGUGGAGGACCAGCAGCAGAGGGACUCGGUGUCUCCUCACAGCGCAGACUCACCCAUGUCCCUCUCCAGCCCCCAACAGCACUCCUCCGCCUCUUCUGCGUCCUCGCUGUCAGGCAGUGAUAUCGACUCUGACUCGACACCGUAUGUCGCUCCACCUGUAGUCACCUUCCCUCUUCAGUUCCUGGCACCGGGUCCCCUGCCAGCAGCGCUUCAGAUGGGUACGGGCAAAGCCAGCAUCACGGCAGCACUCACCAUGCCUCCGGUCACCCAGGCGAGAGUGUCAAUCCCAGGCAAUCUUUCUUUCCACGCUCUACCUGGCAGACAGGUGUGUAUGGCAAAUGGACCACCCCCAUACUUCCACAUGCCCCCCCCUGCAGUCCCCCAAGCUCCCCCCAGCCCUCUACCCAGUCCCCACCACCAUCCCAAGACAGGUCCCAAGUUUCCUCUGAAGGGCUUCCACAAUCCCGCCGUGGUGCACAGUCCUGUCCUUUCCAACCGAGGCCACAUCCAGUACAACCGCAACACCUGGCGCCGCAGGAAGAGGGACAGUCUGCCGGCCAGCGUCAGCAGAUAAAGACGCCGCCGCUCCCUCUCCACUCCUCACUUCCUCUUCCACCCCUCCGGUCCCAUCUUAAAACGACGAGAACUCAUUGAGCCCUCCUACUGAUGGUGUGAGCACAGAGAGACCAGCGUUUGCAACCCAGCUCCUCGUUCAGUAGUUGUGGUGAUGGUGGUGCUAAGUAGUUCAGUCUGCCACUGAAUCUGUGCAUGUGUAUGUAGACUCGGAUGUUUUUUUUUUUGGUUUUUUUUGGCCUGUGCAAUCUUCCCGAAGAAGCUUCAAGAACAGGAACUGUUUUUUUUGUUUGUUUGUUUUGUUUUUUUUGGUUGUCUACUCCACAACUUCCUGGUUGAAAGGUGAAACGUUCCUUUUUGUGUAUGUUUGUGUGUGUGUUUCAUGCUCAAUUGUUUUCUCGUCUUCACAUUUUCGGUCUAAACGUGACACCCUUCACAUGUGGGACGAACUGGAUUCAGUGGGUUUCAAGUGUUUGUUUGUUGAAUCGGGGUGUAUGUAUGUGUAACGCUGGCUUCGAAUCCUGCACUCAACAUGCUUCCAGAGAUCCCCACUGUAUUGACUCUACACAUCACGCAACCUUUACUAUUUUUGUUUUGUGCAAUAUCUUCUUAAUUUCUAUAUUUUUCGUUCACUCUGGAAACAUGCUUAAUUUUUUGUUUUCUUCUGUCCAGCAUUUUGUUUGUUUGUUUUGUAAAAAUGUUUUUAUUUUUGUAAUGUUUUUAAUUUUGUUCAUCGUUUACAGAUCCUGUCAGACAGGCACAAGUCUGUUUUAAAACUGUUUUUGAGAAUUGAUAUUCCCUCUUCCUCUUUUCUCGGCAUAAAUUGCACCUGGACGAGCGUGAGUUAAAGCAGCAAGUGUAGAUCUCGCAGAACGACUUGCCUAUAGGUGCCGCCAUUUCCCACUUUGUGUUGAGCUUCAGAAACUCAUCUGUUGCUUUAAUUCGUCUCGUUCAUCUUUAAGGUUGUAGUUGUGUGCCAUUUAGGCUUUAGGCCUUUGAUUGAACAGAUUGAAAACCAAUAGAGAUGGAAAAACACUUAAGCCCUUAGUCUGUACGCGCUUUCAUUUAUAUCUGUGUGUGUGUCUGUCCUUUUUAAAUCACUCUAGGUAAGUGUGAGACGUGAAUUAUUUUAGGGAAGCUCUAAUGAACGUGCGAGCAGACUCCAGAUCAGUGCAGCUUUAUGCAAGGUGCCCUAAUCGGACCGUUUCGACUUCUGAACGGGCACCCGAAUCAGACUAGCGGAGAAAGGGAAUUUAUUUUGAUUCCUUUCUGGAAUCUUGACGUGCAUUUAUUGCCAGGUACAUGCGCUAAUAUAUGCCUUUUUGGUAAUUACCUAUUCCUGUACUGUAUUGUAUUGUUUUUUGGGGUUGGGGGGUUGGGUUCUGUUUGUAUAUGGCACACUAAAACUGUAUUGCUGUUGCUCAGAACGUCACAGGCAUACAGGUUAUUGUUACUAUGCAAGUGGAGUUUUUU